UGUGAGGAUACUUCAGGCUGAGAAAAUGCUUUGUCUUACUGACGAUCCUCUAGUAUCCUUGCUUUGUCGGCGGUAAGAAUGUAUCUUUACCGUCACAUGAACGCAAACGACUGGACAUAUCAUACGGGCCGUAUCAUUCUUUUCAAUGCGCCGGAGCCUGCUCUGGGGAUACUAGCGGGCUGUCUACCCCUCAUGUCGCCAUGUCUACGCAUCAUGUUAAACAAGGUCAAGAGUUACGGACCAUGUAAUCCUACAGACGAAGAGAGUGUUAAAGUACGUCAGUCCGAACACCCUCCUACUAUUGGACAUGCAAGAAGGGUCUCUCUGAGAGUGAUGGGGCUUGGGAGUGUGACCAGCGAAGGUUUCGACCGACUUGAGAGCCAAACGAAUAUUGCCCCGCUAGCGAUGCAAACCUUCACAUUACCGAAGAAAGAUAUUGUCCACAACACAGGAAGCAAUUAGGCAACAGCCUUGAGCAAUUUUUCAGACUCAAAAACAAACAAAAAUUGCCAUGGGUAUACCAAACUCCUAAGAGCCAAGGCAAACUCAAGCCUACUCUAGCAUGUAAGCAUCGACUAUGAGGCCGAGCUUAGAUAGCUCGGGUCAA